GUUAGCUGCUCCUGAGCCCGCAGAUCUCUGGAUGGCAGGUGCUGCCUUCGGUCCCGUGCUCCGUCGCUGCUGCUGCCCACCUGGCGUGUCGGAGUGCAGGGUGAGGACUGACGUGUGCGUUCAUGCACACGCUCGCACACAUGCGCUUGCACACGUGCUCACGCACACACGCAUGUGCUCGCACACACGCUUGCUCACACGUGCUCACGCGCACACGCACGUGCAGGCCCGCACACACAGCGGCUGAGCCCACGUGUACCCACAUGCUGGAGCACUUGCACACGCACACCGAAGCACACGCACGUUUGUCCGCUGCCCCUCACUCCCCCCGGGACCCCUCCGGGCUGCACCUCCCGUGGCAGGUGGAGGCUUUCCCUAACUACAUAGCUGCUGGGGCCGGAUCUCGUGGUGAACCUGGAUCGGCCUCCCUUCCCGCUCACUGUGUUUCCCUGGAGCCUGGUCGUGUCCCGAUGCCACCGUCUUCCCUCUCUCCCCGAGGGAGUGUCUCUGGAACCUUCUGCCACUCUGCCAGCCACUCUCCCAGCUUGGGCACAGCGUCUGCCCAGGGACCUCCCCUUGCUCCUGCUGCAGGCGGUCCCAGCUGUUCCUGGGUCAUCUGUGCUGGGCGGGGCACCGCCUGCGUCUUCUCCUGGAAGGACAGAGAAGGGCCCGAUCCCUGUCUGGAAGCGUCUUCUGUGCCACUUGGGGUCACCGAGGUUUUGGGUGCUGUCUUUGUGGGCCGUGUGCCCCGCAGGGCAGGCCCCUCCCAGCACUCCGCUCCACGGCCAUGAGCUCUGGGUCGCGCGUCCCCUUCCCCGGGUGUGUUUGUGUCCCCACGGUUGCUGUCCCCCGGACGUGGGAGCACAGUUGGUCCUGGCUUGUUCGUCUUUCCUUCCGCUCCCUCGGUGGCGUCCCCCACGCCGUCCCAGCCCCCUUCCACUGAGCUCUGCACUUCUGCGCCCGCCAUGCCCUUGCUCAGAGCCUGGGUGUUUGUUUUCUGGGUGCCGACAGCGGUCUGCUGGGAGUUGGGCAGCGCCUCCUGUCUCUCGGGAUGGGGGCGAGGGGCCGUGCAGUGAGAUCAUGGGCACCAGGGUCACCCUGCCGGAUCACAAGCCAUUCUCUGCUGGCCGCCGGCCGCAUGGCCUUGGGUGCCCUAUCCCUUGUGCCUCAGUGUCCUCGUCUGCACGUGAGGCAGCAGCGGGGCCUCCUUUCAGUCUUUGUGCGGACGGAGUGUGAGCCUGUGUAAGGCGUGUGGGGACGUGCAGGCCUGUGCCUGGGGCUCUGGGUGCCUGCUGCAUGCUUACCCCUUUACGCCGUCCUUCCCGGGACUGCUUUCUCCACGUUGCGUCCCCACAAGUCCCGGGCUCCGUCUCCACAUCUGAUGUGUUCCCGGUGCGGCCCAGGCUGUCAUGCGCUGGCGAGCGGGCGGGUGCCUGGGACCUGUGGGAAAGAAAACCACGUGCUUUCCCAAGGGGUCCCCAGAGUGUGCAGACUCUGGGCAUCCCUGGGGGUCCCCGAGUCCCUGUCGGGUCCGCAGCAGGCCCUGCAGACAACUCCCCUCUGUGCGGCCAGAUUCUGUCCUACGCCUGGGCCAGGGUCGCGUCACAGCUGACCGGGAGCAGGCGUGAGGACCAGCGCGUCUGUCGAGCCGCUGAGAGAGUCACCAAGAAUCAGACGCUCUGGCUCUUCUCGCCGGAUGGUUUUGUCCGGGAGGACGCGGCUCUGUUCCGUAAAGACGUCAGUUUAACGUCUCUGCGGGAGGGCCCUGCUCUCGGUGAGAAGAUGUCCUACGGAUCCAUCGCUGGCAGUGGUGGCCUGGGGAGCCAUGGCCCUUUCGGGGGACCCUCCAGACAAGGCUCUCAACCCCUAGAGUGCGCUAAAUGUUGGACCGAGUACGGAAUCCGCCAUUUCCCCUGCCCGUCGCCAGAGAGCAGCCCGCAGGACCCCUGUGUGGGCAAGGAUGGGGAAGGUGAUCUGGGGUCGGCGGGCACGCCCAGAGGCCCAAGGGCCAGGAAGCGAGGGCCAGGGGUCACCCCUGAAGGCAGUGGGACGCCGGAGCCGCCCUCACCACCCGCUGCUGGCCCGAGGAGGGACUCCGCGGGUGGCAUCCACAGCCGGCUGGCGGGGCCCAGCGCCACGCGGGCUAAGAAGAGGAAGCCUAACUUCCGCCCGCAGGAGACGGAGGUCCUGGUGUCCAAGGUCAGCAAGCACCACCAGCUGCUGUUCGGCACGGGGCUGCUGAAGGCCGAGCCGGCCCGCCGGUACCGCGUGUGGAGCCGCGUCCUGCAGGCCGUGAACGCGCUGGGCUACUGCCGCCGCGACCUCGUGGACCUCAAGCACAAGUGGCGGGACCUGCGCGCCGUCGUGCGGCGCAAGCUGGCUGACCUCCGGCGUGCGGCUGCCGGCCCUGGGGGGCCCCAGGCCCUGGCCCUCACGCCCGUGGAGCAGGCGGUGGCCAAGACCUUCUCCAGCCAGGCCCUGUGCCCCGAGGGCUUUGGCCCGGAGCCGCCCCGAGCCGCCCAGGUGGACCCAGGUGACAUCCAGGAGCUGUUCCAGCAGACGUCGGCCAGCGUCUUCCGAAUCAACUCCCACGUGACCUCCUUGGAGCAGAGCCUCCGGUCCCUGGGGACGCCGAAUGACACGCAGGAGCUGAGGGAGAGCCUGCACGUGACGCAGCAGGAGGUGAACAAGAGCAUCGCGGCCGGGGCCGGCACCGUGAGGCAGAUGAUGGAGCUCCUGCACGGCUGCUCCCGGCAGGAGUGUCUCCAGCUGGACCGUCUGAAGACUCAGCUAUCCGAUGCGGUGCAGCGCUACGGGGAUGUGCAGAAGAAAAUCGCCGAGAAGUCCCGAGCCCUGCUUCCCACGGCACAGCGGGGCAGCAAGCAGCAGAGUCCCCGGGCCCCUUUUGCUGAGCUGCCUGAUGAUGAAAAGAUCUUUAACGGGAGUGACGGCAUGUGGCAGGGCCAGGAGCAGGCGCUACUUCCGGAGAUCACGGAGGAGGACCUGGAGGCCAUCCGGCUGCGCGAGGAAGCCGUUCUGCGGAUCGAGAGUGACUUGUUGGAUGUCAAUCAGAUCAUCAAGGACUUGGCCUCCAUGGUGUCAGAGCAAGGAGAUGCCAUCGGGUCCAGCAGCAGCAAGGCCACGUGCCGGCAGAGCUCCAGCCCUGAGCCCGCCGUGGCGGCCCCGCUGCCCGGGCUGGGCUGUGCGUCCCCACGGCAGGGCCCCCACUCCCGCACCAAGACGCGCAAGCCCAACUUCAGCCCCCAGGAGACGGAGGUGCUGGUACGGAGGGUGACGCGCCACUACCCGCUGCUGUUCGGGGCACUGCGGGGCCCACCCUCCCGGAAGCACCGAACGUGGAACAAGAUCCUGCAGGCGGUGAACGCGCUGGGCCACUGCCGGCGCGACCUGGGCGACCUGAAGCACAAGUGGCGGGACCUGCGCGGGGCUGUGCGUAAGAAGCUGGCCGAGCGCCCGCCGGCCCCCGGCCUCCUGCUCACCCCUGUCGAGCGCAUGGUGGCCGAGACCUUCUCAGCCCCAGCCCCCGCAGGCGAGGGCCAGGCCGCCGAGCCCCUGCCAACAGACAAGGACGAUGAUGUCCCCAGCGGCCUGUGGCUACCCCUGCGGACCCUGGAGGGGCCGAGCCUGCCAGAACCCGAGCCCUCGGACCUACGAGGGACUAUCCCCGCGCCUACGUCCUCGCCCUCCCCGCUGGCCUCUCCAGCCUCCCCGGCCUCCGUGACCCCUGCCGCUGCGUUCCCAGGGGCCCUCGGGCCCUCCCCACCCCCCACCGCGCCACCCCCACCCCCCGGGAGGCCCGCUGGGGAGGCCUCCGAGUUUGAGCAGCGGCUGCUGGACUCGCAGAGGCGGCAGGGGGCCCUGCUGUCCCACUGGUCCCAGCAGCAGAGCGCACUGAUGGCCCAGCAGAACCGGCUGCUGCAGAGGCUGGCGGAGCAGAGCCAGAGGCUGGCCGACGGCAUGGAGGCCCUCAACCGCACCCUCGAGAAGCUGGUGGAGGCCUGCCCCGUGCCAGGAGCCUCGCCCCCUGUCAGGGAUGGCACCCCUGCUGGCGGAGCGGCCCGCGGGCCCAGCAGAGGCUCCCGGGGCAGCCCCCAGCGCCCCCACCCGGGCCUGGAGGUCUUCUCAGGGAUGAUCCUGAAGGUGGAGGAGGAGGUCUGACCCCCGAGGGCGGCACACAGCAGGGACUCCAGCCCUUCUGGGAGGUGGGCUCGGGGGCAGCUGGGCGUAGCUGGGCCUCCACAGAGCCAGCGAGGAUGAAGGACACCUUCACGGGCGUUGUCUGUGGGGCUCAGCGACGUGCAGGGAAAGGCUCUGGGGCUGGGGCAUGAGUCCUGGGCAGACGUCUACUCAGGGACCUUAUGGCUGGAGGAGGCAGAGGGGCGGGGCCGAGCCCAGCCCCCACUCCCAUCCUCACCGGCUGGGCUGCGUGCCUUGGAGGACAGCCGCAGGGGGUACAGCGUCCCCGACCUGGAUAGCCGUCCUGCAAGCCUCCUCCUCCUCCUCCUGGUUGUACGGGCUCUGUGGGCCGCGCUCCGACGCUUUCCACGAUCCUGCCAAGGGAACCACGUCUUGCGGGCCUGCUGUCAUUUCUCCCAGUUUUAGAUCUGUGGUGUGAUAGACACACGGACACGUAUGUGUGACUUGGUACUGUAUGGGGUGGGAUGCUGUUUUGUACCUACUGAUUUUCUCGCAAAGAAGUUAUUUUUCUUAUGUAAGCAUAAAAUAACAAAAAAAAAAAAAAAGGCAGUAACCGUGCUGAUGAUGCCCGCCAACACAUGACACGGAGCCCAGUGCUGUUCUCGCGGACGGGCUGCUGUGCUCAGCCCCGGCAGGGAGCCCCGAGCACUGGCUGGGUGUUCAGAUCUGCUCCAUGUGCGACCUGCCGCACCCGUGCUAGGGUCCCUCAGGGAGCUGGUGUCUGCCCCUGGCCCUUUCACACGGCUGCAGCCACACAGCUCCGCAGGGGCCAGCAGGAGAGGGCAGGGCUCUCUGAACCCCAGGUCCUCACUGGUCCUGGGCCGUGUGCCCUUUGCCCAUCUCCCUUCAGCUUCCUUCUCCUGACCGCUGUGGAUAAAAGUCUUCUCCAGAAGUGGGAGCCUCAAAUGUUGGCGCGGGUGGGACGGUGUGCUCGUUCCCGGGCCCCAGGGAAGCCCAGCAUCAAGGAGGGCCAAGACUAGUGUCACUGGCACAUUGGGCGGGACCCUCCACUGGUUUUCUGUUUCGCCAUGGCCCA